CUUUCGAUCUCCGCGUGAUGAUCUCAGGGGACUGGUAGCUGUUCGCCGGAGACGAUGGCUACGGGUGUUUGUGGUGUGCUUCAGUGCUUGCUCGAAGCGCGCGCGGCGCCCGGUCCUUUUAACGACGACCUGGCAUGGCGAGCUGGCUGGUGCUCCGGGGCGUGUGUGGCCCUGUGCUCGCGCCACGCGUGCCAGGCUACCUGGUGGAGGGCCGGAGAUGCUGCCAAGGCGGUGUCCGUGGCCGGCGCACGUGUCGGCAGGUCGUCGUCAAUCCGUUGCAGAGUUUUAAACCGUGCCAAUCAUGCACGCAUCGUCCACCCUGUCCUUGGGCGAGGAUCGUUCCAGAGCUCCAAAUAAAGAAUCAGAUAAGUCCAUUAAAUCGGAUCAGUCGAUAUUACCCCUAGUCAUUCAUCAUUCAAUCAUUCAAUGUGUGUGGAUGAAAACACCCUAAGGACGCGCUGCUGCCAGGUCUACCGCCUCAAGCUGCGUAUCCGUCCGUUCGCAUCAAAGGCGGUUCUUGGAUCGCUCUGUUUCUGGCUUCAAUUCCUCUAUCCCUCGGAGAUCGACGAGCUCACAAUCCGUUCCCCAAUUGGUCUCGCUUGCGCAGAGGUGGCGAAGGCGAUCCAGGCCAGCCGGCAGGACAAGACGCGGCGGUGCGAGGAGGCGCUCGACGACCGGCGGCGGCGGCAACCGUCGCAGCCGGGACACGCCGCCACCGCCGCGGGUGGCGAUGCGCGGGGGCAGCCCGGCGCCGACGAGGAUCGGAAGCGGGCGGAGAAGGCGGACCGGCAUCACCGCGGCGGGUCCGGCGGCGGCGGCGCCGUUGCGAGAGGAGGGCGGAGCUGGCGGCCGUCGCUGCGGAGCAUCUCCCGAGUCGGCGAGCUGACCCGACCGAGGCUGCUCUGCAACACUGCAACUGCGGCGAGCGACUCCGAGUUGUACUAGAAUAGAAUGGCAGGAAGGGGAGGGAGCGAGCGAGGGAGAUCCGGGAGGGUUCGGGCAAUAAACGAGGGACAGGAAUGAAAUCCUCAUUUUUAGUCCACUUUAAUCCUCAUUUUUAAUCCUCAUUUUAGUUGUUUGGCAUUCUAGGGAUCCUCAUUUUAAUUCUUAUGUAACUAAAAUGGAUAGCAUUUUAGGGAAUAAAAGAUAUGUUUUGACAUUU